UGAAGGAAGCAGAGAAACCAAGCAGCACCAGAGCACAGUCCACCGGCUCAUCUCAUUAUGCGGCAGAGAACUACCGGGUGUUGAAGGAGGACGACGGACCAGACGGAGGUCGGCAAAUCUCAGGGUCGCCAAAUUGCUCGCUCCUGGACAAUUAAACGGGAGACUCUUCAUAUUUAUGAUCCCCGGUUGUACACAUCUUAGAGCUGCCCGUCCUCCACCUCCAAACCAGAGAGGCGAAGCGUCAGGAUCCUCGUAGAAGCGAAGCCAUCAUGGCUCCAGAAUUCUGUGCGUCACUUUGGUGAGCGUGGGGCCGUCAGAGGGCAGAAGACAUGUUGGGACAGAGGGCUGGGCACCGCAUUGAAGCUUGCUGUAGUAACCAUGGAAACGAUGUGGAGGAGUUUGGCCUGCGUUGGCAUCAUCGCCAUGGUUGCCAGGGGAGUGGCCGAAAGUUGGAGUCCUGAGGAGUUCGCUCAGUCUCAAGCUGAGUUUCUUUCCAGCUUGGGCCAGUAUGAGAUCGCCAUCCCAGUGCGUGUGGGGCCGCAUGGGGAAACGCUAUCGGAAGAGGAGACCUCUCACAGGAAUGGCCGACAUCGACGUAGCACGGAAACGCAGAGCGUUCCAGAGCCGCAGCUGUACUAUCAGCUCUCCACGUCGAGCGCUGACCUUUUGCUCAACCUCACGCUGCAGGGAGGACUGCUCUCGCGACAGUUCCGUGUGGAGUACUGGAAGAGGGGCCGCUUGGCUUGGAGUCACCCAUACUUGCCCAGCUGCCACUAUGUGGGUCACCUACAGCACCAGCCCCAUUCUAGUUCUGUGGCUCUUAGCAACUGUAAUGGCCUGCAAGGGGUCAUUGUAGCUGGAGGUGAGGAGUACCUUAUCGAACCCCUGGUUUCUGCUAAAAACUUCACUAAUGAGGAUGGCAGAGAAGGGCGCCCCCAUGUGGUGUAUAAACGGUCAUCUCUAAGAUACCAAAACAUGGACCAGUCCUGUGGAGUCAUCGAUGAAAAGCCUGGUAAAAGCUAUGGAUGGUGGCAGAGAACAAUAAAGCCCUCACCCAACCAGAUGGGACGGGGGCAAUUACCACUGAAGCGUUCUGUCAGCCGAGAGCGCUACGUCGAAACCCUGGUGGUGGCCGACAAGAUGAUGGUCAGCUAUCACGGCCGUCGCGAUAUCGAGCAGUACAUUCUGGCCGUCAUGAAUAUUGUUGCCAAACUGUUCCAGGAUUCUAGCCUGGGGAACGCAGUGAACAUCGUUGUGACAAGGCUUAUUCUACUGAUGGAAGACCAGCCCUCACUAGAGGUAAACCAUCAUGCAGGGAAGUCUUUAGACAGUUUCUGCAAGUGGCAAAAGUCCAUUCUGCACAGGAACGGACAUGGAAAUGCCAUCCCUGACAAUGGAAUUGCUCACCAUGAUACAGCUGUCCUCAUCACCAGGUAUGACAUCUGCAUCUACAAGAACAAACCCUGUGGAACACUUGGUCUGGCACCUGUUGGCGGUAUGUGUGAGCCAGAGAGAAGCUGCAGCAUCAAUGAAGACAUUGGUCUGGCAACUGCUUUUACCAUAGCACAUGAGAUAGGGCACACGUUUGGGAUGAAUCAUGAUGGUGUUGGCAAUGCAUGUGGGGUGCGCAGUCAGGAGACCGCUAAACUCAUGGCUGCCCACAUCACCAUGAAGACUAACCCGUUCGUCUGGUCUGCCUGCAGCCGCGAUUACAUCACCAAUUUCCUCGACUCUGGCAUGGGUUCCUGCCUCAACAAUGUUCCCCCAAAGCAGGAAUUUGUUUACCCCACCACAGCCCCUGGCCAAGCAUAUGAUGCAGACGAGCAGUGCCGCUUUCAGUAUGGAGUGAAGUCUCGUCAGUGUAAAUACGGGGAAGUCUGCAGUGAGCUUUGGUGCAUGAGUAAAGGGAAUCGCUGCAUCACCAGUAGCAUCCCGGCAGCCGAGGGCACCAUCUGUCAGACCAGCACCAUCGAAAAAGGGUGGUGCUACAAAAGAGUGUGUGUGCCGUAUGGAACACGUCCAGAGGGGGUAGAUGGUGGGUGGGGCCACUGGUCGCCAUGGGAGGAGUGUAGUCGCACAUGUGGGGGAGGAGUCUCAUCCUCUAUUCGCCAUUGUGACAGCCCCAGGCCAACAGUUGGAGGAAAAUAUUGUCUGGGAGAGAGGAAGCGCUUCAGGUCCUGCAACAUUGAUGAGUGCCCGGCCGGUUCUCAGGAUUUUCGGGAGAUUCAGUGCUCGGACUUUGACAGUGUUCCCUUCCGGGGGAAAUUCUACACCUGGAAGCCAUACAGGGGUGGUGGAGUGAAGUCAUGUUCUCUGAACUGCCUGGCGGAGGGCUAUAACUUCUACACUGAGCGAGCGCCAGCUGUGGUGGACGGCACACCUUGCAGGGACGACUCUCUGGACGUUUGUGUUAAUGGCGAGUGUAAGCAUGUGGGCUGUGACCGGAUCCUAGGCUCGGAUGUUCGGGAAGAUCGCUGCCGCAUUUGUGGAGGAGACGGGAGCAGCUGCCAGGUCAUCGAGGGGGUCUUCAAUGACUCCUUAUCUGAAGGAGGUUAUGAGGAGGUGGUCAGAAUCCCCAAAGGAUCUGUAUUCAUACACAUCCAAGAGCUCAACGUCUCUCACAAUUACUUGGUAUUGAAGAAUAAAGGGGAUCAGUACUUCAUCAACGGCAAGCUGACCAUCGACACGCCACGACGCUUUGAUAUCGCAGGAACCACCUUCCACUACCGCAGACCUGCCAAUGAACCAGAGACCCUAGAAGCACUUGGACCCACCAACAUGACCCUGAUCGUCAUGGUGUUGGUACGUGAGGAAAAUCCUGGGAUCCUUUACCGUUUUAACCCACCUGUCAACAGAGAUCCUCUGAGCAGUUAUGCCUGGCAUUAUACAUCCUGGUCCCGCUGCUCUGCGCUUUGUGCUGGAGGGGUUCAGGUCCAGCAGGUAGUGUGCAAGAAACAAGCCGAUCAUUCUGUGGUGUACAACCACUUCUGCGACAAGAAGAACAAGCCCAAAGACAAGAAAAGACCCUGCAACUUGGAGCCCUGCCCUCCAACGUGGUGGACAGGGGACUGGUCAGAUUGCAGUCGGAGCUGUAACGGAGGAGUGCGUACGCGGGAAGUGCUGUGUAAAAGGAAGAUCUCAGUUACGGAGGAAAAAGUCCUGGAUGACGCGGCCUGCCCCCCACCUCGACCUUCCAUCACCGAGCCCUGCAACAACCACACCUGCCCUCCAGAAUGGCAUGCCCUUGACUGGUCUGAGUGUACUCCCAGCUGUGGUCCGGGUUACAGGUACAGAGUGAUUUUGUGCAGAAGUGGAGAGAAUGGUGAAACAUUGGCAGAGUUAGAGUGUCCGAAACAAAGCCGCCCGACCACAAGGGUGCGCUGCAACAUUCAGCGUUGUCCACCAGCGCAGUGGGUUACGGGACCCUGGGGAGAGUGCUCAGCUAGGUGCGGUAUGGGUCAGGAGAUUCGUUUAGUGCAGUGUCUGACACACACUGGCCAGCCAUCCAAUGAGUGCCCUGACACACAUCGUCCUGCCUACACGCAGCAGUGCAAGAGCAAAUGUGACAGCAGUGGCCCUACAGAUAACCCUGAAGAGUGUAAAGAUGUGAACACAGUGGCAUACUGCCCCCUGGUGCUCAGGUUCAAAUUUUGCAGCCGUGCAUACUUCAGACAGAUGUGCUGCAAAACCUGCCAAGGACACUGACCUCUCUCUCUCUCUCUCUCUCUCUCUCUCACACACACACACACUCUAUGUCUCUCUCUUGUCCUCAUUUUCUUCCCUCUCCGCCCUCCAUUUCCUUGCAUGGCCAAAAACGCCCAUGCUCUGCAUUUUGGAGUGCUGGAGGAGUGCUGUUAACCACUGGCAGACUGACAUCAUCGCGAGAGAAAGUGCGGGAAGAAAUGAGAGCGAGAGAGAGACGUGAAAAGUAAGAGAGAGAGAAAGUCUGUGCUGCUCUCUUUCUCUCCCUCUGACCAGCUGCUUUGGCAUUGCUGCUGUGAAUACCGGUCUGCCCAAAAGACAUCUGUCAGUGUUUCUUUUGCUCUUCCAUGAGGUGCUUUCGCCCAUCACUGUCAUACAGAGAAGUGUCUGUGUGAAAUGUCACAGCUGUACUGCUAAAUCUCAGUGAAUAGUUGUCGUUUAUUAUUGUAAUGUGAUAAAAGAAGCAUUUAUAGACCAAUCGUCUUUAGUCUUAAAGGUGCACUCAGUAAUUUUUUUGUGUGUGUGGCACUGGUUGUUUUGGACUUAUACUGACAACUAUAGUUUUGGAUGAAUCAUUAAAAUGAAUUAAAAUGAUUAGUUAAGAUGGCUAUGUGACAAUGGCUCAUGUGAUCAUAAGAGACCCACCCCAUGUAAAAUAAUAAAACAACUCUUGCUUAUAGAGUUAUAUACUUUUAUUUUGCAUAUGUAUACAAUUUUACUUUGGAAAAACAUUAUUGAGUGCAUCUUUAAAGGGAUAAUUCACCCAAAACUGAAAAUUCUAUUCACUCAGUCUUUUGUUUUUACAAACCUCCAACUCUCUAGCCACCUGAGAACCUGCAUCCUCAUAUAUUUUAGUGAAUUUCUCUACUCUAUACAGAGACUAUACAUGCCAAAUGUUUUAAUUUUUAUUGUGCACAUUCAGGGCUUUACAGAGAUAAUAUAAAUUUGGUUGUUUCACCAUGAACACUACCGUUUCUUUGGUCUUUAACAAUGUCUGACAUAAUUUUAUUGACAUGCGUAUGGAAAUAUGAUAAUAUAAUGUAAUUAUCAUUUAAAUCGGACACAUUUUUAGAUUGUGUCAGAUUUAAAUGAUAAUUUCCUCAACAUCUGAGGAAAAUGUUAUAGGUUUAUAAUGAAAUAUGACUUUCUGUUACGAAACAGAUUUCAUACACAUCCUCAUAUGAGGACACAAGACUAAAAACAUGUCUAUUACGAAUUUUGAGAGUCACAACAAAUGAAUAGGGAAAGAAAUUAUGUUUCAAUAUUUCUGUGAAAUAUUAUAUAUUAUGUAGAAUUAUUUCUCCCAUUAUUACACUUCUUUUUUCAUUAUAUGUUGCCCCAAAAACAUGUUAAUAUGUAAAUUAGAUUUAUAGAUACAUUGUGUAUAAUGAGAAAAGCCAUUUAUGACCAUUUUACACACAUUUUGCAUAAACAAUUAGUAAUGGUAAAUCAUAAUACAACAUUAUUCAGAAUAACAUUAUUGAGAAUCAUGUUCCUAAAAAACUAAAAAUGUAUUGGUGAUUUUAAAAAAAGCAAAUGUUUUUGCCAAUUCAUGUUUGUUCGUAUAUUUUCUACAAUAUCCUCUACCAAGGAUAUAGCUUAACUUAUGAAUGAAAUCCUUUUUUUAUGCUCUAAACUAUAUUCUUACCAGGUCUCAGGAGGCUAGAACACAAAUAUCAAUUUUUAUAUAUAUAUAUAUAUAUAUAUAUAUAUAUAUAUAUAUAUAUAUAUAUAUAUAUAUAUAUAUAUAUAUAUAUAUAUGCAUGAUAUGCAAAAUAAUGGUUUAGAACAUAAAUGUAUUUUCAUUUAUGGGUGAAUUAUACCUUUAAGGGCCUUUUCACUUAUAGCAAUUUGCAAAGCAACCAACAGUUUUUUACAUUUUUUUAUAAGAUUUGAUGAUUUACAAUGACAUGCGUAAAGGUGCGGUCACAUUUACAUCUGUCUUGAAGAUUUUCAGCAAAAAAAUCCAGUCAUUUCAAUAGGGAUUUUACUUAAGAGACACAGAUUUUGCAAUGAAUUUGGCAAGUUGUGCAAUCACAACGUUGAGCUGCUUGUUUUUUACGCAGCUUGUAUUUGAGCUGCACAUUGUACAUUGCUACCCUAUGCUAAACAAUCGACCUUUUGCAAAAAAAAAAUCGCUGAAAAUUCCCUAAUGUGAGCGCACCUUAAUGCUUCAGGAUACAGAUGAAUUCUUUAAUUGAGUAGGAACAUUUCCGAGCAGUGACUUGUUGACAUUAAACAAUUGCUGUCUGUGUGAACUGCCCUUAUGAGACACUCCAGAUCACUCAGAUAUCAUAAGCUCUCAUUCAGUGUGGUUGGUGCUGAGAUACUGUAUCUUUUAAUCUGAUGGCCUUGUGGCUAUUUGCAGGUGCUGUGCCGUUUUCUUGCCAUCCGGUCCCAUAAUGCUUACAUUAAUUAACCAUAAGAUAUAAGUGCAUCAGUCAAAUCUGGAUGAACAGUGAACUGUUCGGCAAACAGAGGGAAACGAGAGGUAAUGUCAGUUUAGCUUCUGUGCACAAAUUAAAAGUAGAUGAAGAGGCCAAUGGAAGAUGUUGUUGAACCAUGUGGUGGUUAUAUUGUUUUUUUGUUUUUUUUUCAGACAUUUUUUUUUACCCAAGAUAAUGUUCUUUACUUUUAAUGCACCACAAGCCUGCAUGCAGCAUGCAAUUGUGAUUGUGCAGAAUUGCGACCCAUGUAACUUUCUAGUUUCUGGGCUGUUUCUCUUUCAUUUUAUUAGGUCAGAAACAAAUAGUCAUUCUAUCACCCUUUGAUAAAAAUGAAAAUUCUGCAAUACUUGACCUUAUGUUGUUCAAAACCAAAAGAGUGUCCAAGCUGCUGUAUUUCAUACAGUGGAUUGAUGAAACACAGUUGAGAUUUUAAAAAAGCAGUUAUAUUCAAAUUCCUCUAACGCCACCUAAUAGGUUUACAUAGGUAAAACACCAGAAUUUAAGUCCUUAUUUGUUGUCAUAAUGCAAAACCAACGACAUUUGAAUUUGCACUUUCAGAGAAGGGGACGAAUUAGGGAACUAAUCUUUUUUGCUCAUUUUACUUUGGGUCCGUUCCUCACAAAAGAACGCAUGUUGCUUCACAAGGGUCUGGAACAGCAUAACGGUAAUUAAAUGACAGAAUUGUCAUUUUUUGGUGAAAUCUUACAACUUUCAAAGUGUUUUCAUAACAUUUUGAUUGGGACUCAAAAUUUCCUUUUCCACAUUUCUACCCCAAAUAUCAACAUUUAGCUCACAUUUGCCAACUUAUUUGUGUCAGUCACAAUUAGAGAGCCGUAACAGACCUUCUCUCCGUCCUGGGUCCUGGCAGCACUCAACGAAUGUUUGAUUAGAAGAGCAGAUCUUGAAGAGGUGGCCCCCGUUCAAGGACUGGUGGCUAAUCUGCGGUGCUACAGUAUGGUGCUAUGUCUUUAAUUGUCGCAAUCUCGAGAUUCAAGUUAUUUUUAUAUUGUAGGGAUUGUUUUGCUAACGGUAAUACAUUUGCUAAGGAAAAAAAUAUAUAAGCAAGAUUCUAUGAAAACUAGAAUUAUUGUUAAAAGUCUCUCUGUAGAGACACUAACUUUGUAAUCAUUCUUUGGUACAAUUAUUAUGUGAAAGAUGAAAAUGCUGUUUUGCUUUUGAUGGUAAGCUUUUUAUCCUUACAUUGCAGUGUGUUCCUACAUUUGCAAUAACUGUAGAUUCACUUUGGAAUUGCAGUCACACUUGUUUAUUUGGACUUUGUUUAAUAUUGAUUUUCACUUGCUACCCAGUAACUUGCUGUACUGUCAAGUACUUGUGAUGUAGUGUAUGUCCUCCGAAUUGUAUGUAGACCAGUUGAAACGAAUUUGAAAUGCUGAAUAAAAAGAUGCAUUGUGUACAAAUAAUA